UGUAGUUCUGUUGGUAUUGACGUGACAGUGUGGUGGGCCGGUGAAAAAUUCCUGUCUCUUCUAGUGAAAGCACAUGGACUCAACGCUGGAUUAAUAGGCUAUUAGAGUUAAAAGUAUUGAACGCUUUUCGUUAUUUCGUACAUUAAGCAGCCGCUGUCCAGAUUUAAGGUAUACCAGUAUGUGUAAAACAUGUUGCUAUAAUAAGUGGUGACGUCGCUUAAUGUUUAUAUAUGCGGUGAGAAAAAGCAGAAGAGAAUAUAAUACGGGGGACUAGACCUAGAACGUACAAUAGACCAAGUCAAGCGUUACUUCUAAACUUCAACCUACCUUCAGAUAGUUUUGUGUUUUAGUCAUGCAGUGAGAUUUAUAUUUCGUGCAUUAAAUAACUAUGUAGUGCUGGAUUUUAUACAUCUUCCUGAAUUUUACCCAGACGACAGACAUGGCGGGAGAAAUUAGCCGUUUGGUGGUUUUGGGAUGUCUAUUUCAAGGUGUAAUGGCGGUAGAGGAAGGAUUAACGGGAUUAAUAAUAGCAGGGGUUGUAGCGGGAGGAUUAUUGGUUGUGGCUCUUAUUUCUAUAAGUAUUUAUUGUUUUGUCAGAAAGAGAAAUGACGAAGAUGAAAAAGAUUCAAUGGAUAUCGUGGUACCGACUACUGGCGCGGUACCGAGGUAUCAACGAUUUCCCAUGACCAUGAAAUUUAGAUCGUAUGGACCAACCGCUCGGCCUCGACCACCUGUGACGUUCUAUACUGUCAGAAGUCAACGAGAACCACAACAGUUGAUGCCCGUUGGUAUGCCUUUCAUGUAUGAACCCAGAGGUCCAGUUAUGUACUUAGAUGAAAAGGGCAUCGGUAGUCUUAGAUCUACAACAAAAGACAGAGCUAAAAAUCGUCGUUCAUUGAAAGCAAAUGGACAAAUAACUGGUUCUCUAAAGAUAAAAGAACUUCGCAGUGCUGAAGAAAGAAUUGAUUUCGAUUCGUCCGAAGAUGAAAAUGGAAACAGAGUAAAAUCUAGAAAUCCCGGCGAUAGGUCACGUUCUAAAUCACGUGAUAGAAAAUAUGAACGCAAUCCUGAUCGAAAAAAUGGUAACCAUAGAUACAAGGGGUCAAAAGAUGAUCUUCGUGCGAGAAGCAGGAGUAACAGCAGAAACAGAUCUGAAGAAAACACAAUAGCAGCUCAACCAGGGGACAUAAUUCUCAAUCCGUCAAAUUUUGAGACCCAGCCACCACCAAGACCGCACAGUUUAACGCAUUCCCUUCACGACGAGACCACAUUUGUUCCCAUAGUGCCAGCAUCUGAACGCCAAUCAAAUAACAGUGCUUUCAGAUCGUAUAGCAGGAAUCAAAAUGAUGAUGUUGAUAAUCAGCCCUUAGAAACACCUAGAGAAGAUUAUUUAACCCCUCGAUCUAUAACUGAAAUGCCUUCAACGAUACGUGAUGAAACGCCAAGAGACGAAUACAUCACACCAAUAGCAGAUUAUAGAAAUAACACUGGCUUGGUGUAUCCUCCAAAACCAGACAAAUCAACUAAUGAACCAUAUAUAAGCCCAAGACCACCAACACCCGAAUUCGAUGCUCAAUCAAUCUCAGAUGGACAGGGUGUAAUUCGUUCGCCAUACUCGAGGCCUGACGUAUUGCAAUCAACUCCAAGACCUCCAGAUAUGUCUGCAGCCCCUGCGCCUCCCCCACCUCCACCACCAACCAUUCCUGACCCCUCCAAACCAAGUUAUAUAAGUGCCGUUCAUAGACCACCUACCCCCGUUCCCGGUCUUAUAACUCCUGUAGAUGAAGAUCUUAGUGAAUAUUUAAAAAAACCAUCAGAAAGUAUCACUGAUUCACCCAGCAUAUCUCAUGUCAAAAAGUCUCCCAUGACAGGAGUAUCACCAUUACACAAUGCAGUUAUUGCAGAAAUUAAAAACAGACGACAAAGGCCGGCGUCGGAUAGCAGUAGCAUUGGACGACCACCAUCUCGAUCAUCUGACGGUUAUGAUUCCGACAGUUUAAGUGUUCCAUCUCGCUAUUUAGAGAACAGAAGGCCCAGUGCCGUACAAUUUACAGAACAAGACCCUGAAAUCAUCCCGAGAGAUGACCCGGAACUAGAUUAUGAACCCGGAAGUUUGUCUGCAGCAUUUGAUUCUGUGAUGAAUGAUGGAGUGCCGAAUUCUAGUUCUGUGCCCGUUGCUCCACCACCCCCACCCCCUCCACCGCCACCGCCAUUACGAUAGAUUGCUAAAUCGCUUAAUCAAGUUUACGACAUAUAUUGUGUUACAAAUUCAUGAAGUUAUAGUAUAACUAAACAAUUUCAUAAUAUUGAAACUUUUAAUAUUUUAAAAAAAAACAAAAAAAAACGGCUUCGUUGCCUGUAAAAAUGUUCAUCGUAGAAACGCAUCGGCUCGCUGACUCUUGCUAGGUGUAAAUAAAUUCAGCGGCCCAGUUAACGAAACAGAAUGACUGGCUCAUUCAUGUGCUACGAAAGAUCUAUGAUUUGAUUGAAAUUUGGAUAAGAAGUGAUUUGGCUGGCAUCUAACCAGACGCAAUACGUUAACACCAUUGCUUUCCAGAAAAGAUAAAUGUGAUGUUUCCGCGAGUUUCUGUGUGAAAGUUCUACGUAACUAAAAACUAAAAAUACGUAUGUGUUUCAUAAUUACGUUGUCAAAACUGUGCAAUAAUGCAUAAUAAUAACAUUUUAAAUAUGGAUGACUAAAACACAGAAUACAUUCUCCUAAUUCUAUUAUAAAUCUGAUGCAUCUAAAUUUAGAAAAGCAUCGGUCAGAAACUACUUUUACAUUGAACAGACUAUAGGAAUCAUUUAAAUGAAAAACCCUAUAGGACUUCAUCGCAUAUUCGACGUUUUAAAGCCUGCUGGAGAAUGAAGGAUUCUUUGAGUAGCAUUGUAAUUGCUUGAACAGUGAGAUGACUAAUAAUCUGCUGACUAAAUGAUCUGCUAAUGCAGAGUCUUAUUUUCGUAUUCAUUGUGACAAAAGUAUUGUUAAUGGGACUAAACCUCUUUGAUUUCGGUAAAAUAAAAUAUUAAAUUGGAUUGAUCGGAUGUGUUAUUCGAUUAGUGAUUGACAAACUGUAUGAUUCUGUUUUUAUUCGGAAUGAUUAAGCGAAAGUAGACAUUUUUGGUUUAAAAGCCGAACACAAAGUCGGUUAUAUGUUAACACCUGCUUUAGGCCUAUCUAUUGACGAAAUAUUGCCAAAGAGGGCCGAAUGUCAUCCCACAAAACAAUUCUAUAAUGAAAUCGACAAUUUCAUUUUAAACGAAAUCAGAGAGUUUUUGUCAUUUUAAUGUUCAAAAUUAUGGACAAAAGCAUUAUUAUUUUUAUUGAUGAAAAUAUGUUCAAUAUUCGUUUUGUUAUAUUCAUGAACUGUUUGUUUUUUUGUUAUGUUUAUGGUGUAUAUAAUAAACACAGAGAAUAGUAAAUGUUUAUAGACGAGCCCUUACAUGCCCUUGCACAGCAACAAGUGAGUGCUGAGUUAUACAGUUUAUAUGCCUUGUGUAUGUCGUUUCGUUAGGCUAGACAAAUCAAAUUAUAUUUUUUUAACAAUAAUUGUAAUAAUAUUAUUUUAUAUUGUAUUUUAUGGGAUUUGUAUAUAAGAAUAAUAAUACUAAUAAAUAAAUAUUGUAUUAAAGGGUAAACUAAACUUUAA